AUGUCCGUCACAGUCUUCAUCUACGCCUACCGCAAGCCCGGUCUCUCCCUCGAGGACUUCAAGACACACUACGAGGCCCACGUCGACCUGAUCAAGCGUCUCACCGGCGACGACUUCCCCCUCUCCCACAAGCGCAGCUACGUCGCUCGCAACACCGUCGAGGUCGCUGCAGAAGGUGCCAGCGAUCGCAAUGCCCUGACCCCCGCCACGGUGAUCGUCGGUCAACAGGCGGACUUUGACUUUGAUGCCUACGCCGAGCUCACCUUUGCCGAUCAGGCUGCGUUCCAGGCCUUCGGUGCCAAGGUCUAUGCUCCCGAGGCCGCUGCGCAGAUUGCUGCCGAUGAGGAGAAGUUUUUGGACAAGUCGAAGCUGAGCAUUGUGAUGUUGGGAGAUGUUAUUGAGACUACCAAAUAG